CAUACGACUUGUAAUGUCUGCACUCUCCCCGUCUCAUCACGUAAUCAGGUCUCUCUCGAUUCUUCCCGUUUAAAUAUAUAUCUGCUCUAUUGCACCUCUUCAUUUCCUUGUUCAGGAAAAUAGCAUAAUUUCAAAAUGCCUCGGAAGAAGAACGAUGUGCAAAUCACCGAGGAAAUGAAGAAGAAAACCGCCGAAGAGGUUAUCAAAAAGCUGCCAACAGUGAAAUCGAAGCAAGACGCUAUCAACGAGAAUCUGCAAAAACUUCAAGAAUUCCGAGAUAAUGAGCCGAACCCCUAUGGAAAGGGUAAAGUGGGUUUUUUUAAACAAUUUUUAUAACUAAUUUUUGCGAAAUCCAAUCAUUAAAAAUUCAAUAUAAAUACAGUAGUCUGUUUAAAGGGGCACGUGGUUGUACGGCUGGGUCUCGCCACGAUUUUAAAGUUUUCUUGCAAAUAUCAAUUAAAAUCUUAACAAAAGAAAUCAAUGAAGACCAAGUUUUAGAUAAAUUUUUAAAAUUUGAAGUAAAGUUUUGAAUAGUUUCAACAAAAUUUUCGGGGCAAUUGCCUCGAAAAUCUGUUCAAAUUUGCAAUCUGUACAAAUUCGGCGAUUUCUGCAUGCUGUGCACAAAUUCGGUUGAAAUCUGGGUAUAUUCUGAACGGGUUUACUGAGAAGUUUCCAUGGUUUUCGAUGGAAUUUCACAUUUUGUCACCAGCACUCAUCGAUCUGUGGAAUCACAACAAUCAUUCAUUAGAAAUCUUUUGGACGAAGUAAAACGUGUUGCUGAAAUGGAUUAUCGCUCCCAAAUGGCCGGAGACAUCAGUCGGAGAGAUUUAAUGGAACUGAUCAAGGUUCGCGGCGACCUUCUUCCAUUAUGGACCAGCCAUGACACACAAUUUCCUGGAGAAUAUGUUGGAGCUAUUGCACCACAGGAUGGCUCGAAACUAGGCGACGGAGAUUCAGUGGCGGCAUUCAGUAAAGACGGAAACUGGAUUCUUGCUGAUAUUGUCACAUGUCACUCUAACUCGCGAUAUGAGUGUCGAGACGUUGAUGAUGACAAGAAGAAGUUGACAGUUUUCGCGAGAAGCCAUUUGUUACCCCUCCCAAAAUGGAAAGCGAAUCCUGCAUCAGACAAGCAUGCACUUUUCGAGAAAAAUGCGAUUGUGUUGGCGUUGUAUCCACAAACCACUUGCUUCUACAAAGGAAUAGUUCACUCCCCGCCAGCAGAUUUUCGAGAACCAUAUCAAGUAGCGUUCGAAGACGACAGCUAUGCAUCAGGAUUCUGCCCUCCAAUGCCGGUUGCUCAGAAAUACGUGGUUGCCUUCCGAGAAGUUGCAGGGCUCACUGCAUCAACUGCUCCAAAAAAGGGAAAUGGCCACAAAAAGAAAUGAGGCCAUAAUCCAAUUAAUUGACAGUAUUUAUUGUAUGUAACUCCUAAAAAUCCCGGAAUUCCUUCUCAUAAAUCUCACAAUGUUUUUUAUUUGUCCAUAAAAGUUGUUCUUAUCAAAAAUAAAACGUGUUAUUAUUG